AUGCCGGCGGUCAAAGAUUUCUCUGGUGGCCGGUUCACUGCGACCAUUCAUUCUACUACCUACGACUACAUUUCUCCGUUAAGGCUGGACCUAGCCGGGAGACACGUUGUGAUCACCGGGGCCGCGUGGGAGGACGGAGUAGGGUAUGCCACGGCCACAGCUUUUGCGCGUGCGGGGGCUUCUGCGAUAGCAAUAGCCGACCUCCACGGUGUAUCGGCCAACCUUGCUGAGAAGUUAAAGCUGGCGGCAACGCAAGCCGGUCGCCCCGAACCUAUGGUGCUAAGAUGCACUGUGGACAUUGCAAGCCAAGAAAGUGUCCAAGCAAUGCAUGAACUCGUGUCACGAAGCUUUGAUGGACGCCUAGAUAUUGUCAUCAACAACGCGGCACAUAUGGAACCCCACGCGGCACUCCUCGACUCCGAUUCGGAUGUGUAUUGGAGGACAUGGGAAGUCAAUGUUCAUGGACUCUUCAACAUGGCACGCACAUUCAUCCCUAUGCAACUGUCGACUCGUGCUAGUGCUGAUGGUCUAUGCACAAUGAUCAAUGUAUCUUCCUCAGGGGCUUUGACCGCUCGCCCAGGAAGCGGAAGUUAUCGAAGCUCAAAGCUUGCGGUAUUGAGAUGGACAGAGUCUUUGCAGUUAGAGUAUGGUGAUAAGGGGCUUUUGUCAUUUUGUGUGAAUCCGGGUGCGAUUAAAACGAAGAUUUCCGAGGACAUGCCGCAGCGGGUGAGAGAUGCAUUCCCUGAUCGGCCAGACAUUGCGGGUGAUACGAUUGCGUGGUUGGUAGCUGAGCGCAGAGAGUGGCUGGGUGGGAGAUACGUGAGCUGUCCAUGGGAUAUGAAGGAACUUGUGGAGAAGAAAGACGAGAUCGUCAAACAAGACAAGCUCAAACUUAAGAUGGUGUUCUGA